UUUGGGCACCCCUGCACUAACUCAAAUUUAUAGGUCCCCUAAUUCUAAAACUGUAUAACCCCGCCCCCUGUUGCUCUAACGGAAAAACAACAAACAUUGUUUCCAUGGUUACAGGAAUGUUCAGGGCGUGGGCGUGGCUUGAGCUCCUCCAGCAGACACGCCCCCAGCAAUUUGAAUAAAGCAGAGAUUCCAUUUUGUGACAUCAUCACGCCCCCAACAAUUUGAAUAAAGCAAAGAUUCCAUUUUGUGACAUCAUCACGCCCCCAACAAUUUGAAUAAAGCAAAGAUUCCAUUUUGUGACAUCAUCACGCCCCCAACAAUUUGAAUAAAGCAAAGAUUCCAUUUUGUGACAUCAUCACGCCCCCAACAAUUUGAAUAAAGCAAAGAUUCCAUUUUGUGACAUCAUCACGCCCCCAACAAUUUGAAUAAAGCAAAGAUUCCAUUUUGUGACAUCAUCACGCCCCCAACAAUUUGAAUAAAGCAAAGAUUCCAUUUUGUGACAUCAUCAUGACAUCAUUAAAUAUUCCACUCCAUUCCUUUGAUCUUUUGAAUCUCUUUUGAACCUUCAUUCUGAAAUCGGACAUCCGAGCAGACACACGCAUAUUUAAGUUCACAGCGGUGACUUUACAGAGAUUAAACUAUUUUUAGUUCAUUUCUACUGACAGAAAGAUCUAACAUGUUUCCAAACAAACAAAGCGUAGCUACUAAGGUACUGAGUAAGAACGAUCUCCGUCUUCACUUGGAAAUUAAACCCUCACAAAAAAAUGACGAGGGCUUUGAAAAAGCAACAUGUCUUAAACCAUACAUGAAGUAUCUUAGGAAAAACAAGAAGUGGUCCAAAAAGAACAAAAAUAAAGUGCCCAAACAAAAAAAUCGUAAAGGUUCCAAUAAAACUGUUGGCAAAGGGGCUGAGAGCAGGAUUAAAGAUGAUAGCUUCSGGACAGAUAAGGUAAGUUUUUGUCAAAACUCAAAUCAGCCGAGCUCUGCGAUGAACAACCAGGAUUUGGAGGCAUUAGAAGGUGAAAACAUUGCAGAAAGGGUGCCCAAARGAGAGUCUUUACAACGAAAUGACGUGUUUCAAAGUCAAAAUGCGCAGCUGGAAACUGUACGAGGCAAACUGGAAGAUUUAGAAAAAGAUUUUGCUUUGGUCAAGAAAGAAAACGAAAUCCUGAAGAACCAGAACGAUGUUCUGCAGAGAGACGUUUCUGAAAGUCAACACGCCUUACAGGAAGAUCAGGUUUCUCUUCAGAAACAGACCCAGGAGCUGAAAACCGUUCAGGAGGCUCUGCUCAGCUCUGAGAACAAACAUCAAACCCUGAGUCGGAUCAACUCCUCUCUGACUGAGAAAAACAAGGUCCUGAACAGACAAAUCCAUCAGCUGAGUGAAAAACAAGAAGUCAUGAAGCUCUAUGAAGACUCUUUGCAUCAAAAAGUUCAGACUUUGCAGGAAGAUCAGGUUUCUCUUCAGAAACAAACCGAGGAUAUGAAAACCCUUCAGGAGGCUCUGCUCAGCUCUGAGAACAAACAUCAGACCCUGAGUCGGAUCAACUCCUCUCUGACUGAAGAAAACAAAGUGUUGAACAGAAGAAUCCAACAACUGAGUGAAAAACAAAAAGUUAUGAAGCUUCAUGAAGACUCUUUGCAACAAAAAGUUCAGGCCUUCCAGGAAUAUCAGGUUUCUUUUCAGAAACAAACCGAGGAGAUGAAAACCCUUCAGGAGGCUCUGCUCAGCUCAGAGAACAAACAUCAGACCCUGAGUCGGAUCAACUCCUCUCUGACUGAAGAAAACAAGGUCCUGAACAGAAGAAUCCAACAACUGAGUGAGCAACAAGAAGCCAUGAAGCUUCAUGAAGACUCUUUGCAACAAAUAGUUCAGGACUUACAGGAAAAUCAGGUUUAUCUUCAGAAACAGAACCAGGAGCUAAAAACCCUUCAGGAGGCUCUGCUCAGCUCUGAGAACAAACAUCAAACCCUGAGUCAGGUCAACUCCUCUCUGACUGAACAAAACAAAGUGUUGAACAUAAAAAUCCAGCAGGAUCCCCCCGUUACAGAGAGUCCAGAGGUUUCCGAACCCAGAACCGAUAAGGUCACCAGCAAACAUCUCAACCAGAACCAGCAGCUGGGAACGAAACCGGAGGACCACCAGAGUCCACCUGCCACAUCCACACCUACGGAGCUGGGUUUUACUUUAAGAACUUUAUGUGAUGACUUCAACACCCAGAAUCAAAACCAGCAGAAGACCCCUCUGGGUGGUCUCCAAUCAGACCUCUCUAGUCCCAACUGUCCCCAAAGAAAACCAUCAUCUGUCCAGUCUGAGUCCGGCAGCACCAUACAGGCUUUGUGGAACCUUUACAAGUCCAACACCAUGGGGUUCUGGGUCCAACCCUGGAUGUUUUAAAUCCUCCGUCGGUUUAGUUCACAGAAAUUGGACGGACAAUUUAUGAUUAGAAGAAAAUGGGCACUUUAUUUGUGAACUGUAUACAAUCUUUUUUUUCCCCUUUUAUUGAUAAUAGAGUUUAUUUUGUGUUUUAGGAAAUGAAUAAAGUCUCAAUCAUUCAUACUAAACUGUAAAUGUCAGGGUUUUCACCGGGUACUCCGGUUUGCCCAUUGGAAAAAAAAUGCGUGUAUUAUAAAAUUGGCAAAUUUAUUCAUUUCCUUUAAAAACACAUCAUGCACAUCAUUUCCAUACAUUAUCAGCCAUAAGUUACACCUAUGACUGAUAAUGUAAACAAAUGAUAUGCAUGUCACUGAUUAUGUCAAAUGCAAAUGCAGCUCCUCUGUCUGAAAACACAGAAAUGAUGGGUCCUUUCAAACAGCU